AUGAAGAGUUUCUCAAUCUUUCUUACCGCGGUGGUGGUAGUGGUAGUGGUAGCGGUAGCCUUGGCUGGUGAAGUGGCGGAGGCGAAUGUGACGUGUAACCUGUUGGAGCUGAGUCCUUGUUUGGGAGCAAUAAACUCGCCGAAAGUAAAUCCGACAAAAGAGUGUUGUGCGAAACUGAUUGAGCAGCAACUUUGCUUGUGCCGUUUCCCACUGAACCCAGCGUACAAACCUUACAUUGAUUCUCCAAAUGCUAGACCUAUCUUCGCUGCCUGCCGCAUCCCUUUUCCAAAAUGCUUCAUACCAAAAUCAAUAAACUAA